UGGGCAAAUGAUAAUAACUUGUGAUAAACCACCUCGCAAAAUCAGUCUAGGAAUUUCCUUCUGCGGUUUGUUUUGGAUGUGUGUGGGUGUUUAUGAUGUGCUACCUCAAUUUGAGUCGUCUGGAAUACUUUGGAUUAAUUAAUUAUGACUACGAUCAGGCAAUUUAAUUUGGAGAUCCCGUAAAGUUUUUCCAGUGUUGUGGUUGGACCACAUACUUUUUAAAACCACGUUGCUAACAGCCUGGAGUUGUCACGCUUUUGAUUGGGAUUAUUACUUUUAAUUACAAGAACUUCUCAGCUUUUCACGAACCAUUUUAUCACUGGAGUUUUUCAAAUGGAUCAGCAGAGAAAGGAAAGGACCAGACGGAAGCCUUCCAGUCGCGACCCUUCUCCGGAGUUGAGUAAAACUCGAGCACGGCACCACAAGAAGGACCACUCACCAGCUGAGAACCCAACGGGGGCAGCGGUUAGUUGUACGGCAGGGCAGUCUGUUGCGUCACCCGCUGCUGUAAACAAGGCCGUCUCGGGCUGUGGGCCUGGGGCUGCUUGUGGUAGUACUUCGGGGAUGUUUGAAAAAGAGAAAUGGAUGUCCAAGCUGGAGGACCCGCUGGAAAAACAGCGAAUCAGAGAGCGUCUAGGAGCAAUGCAUGCUGGGAAAAAAGAUGCUGACGAUAAACAACGAGGCAGAGGACCAAUGGUGGUGCGCCCUCCAUCCCCUGCAUUAAACACAUUGAACUCUGGGUCUUCUGGGAGCAAGGUUGACGGAAUAAAGAGGCCAGUUACGCUAAGAACGCGACGAUCGCCAUCGCCAAAACAGAACCCAGACUCAGUCUUCACACAACAGGUUGUCUGCCGAUCUGAGUCUCCCACGUCACCAAGGAUACCGAGACAUCGAUCAAGAAUAUCCCCAGCGAGUUCCCGCCCUCCAUCCCCACCCUUUGUACACAGACGAAGCCCCUCCCCCCAGGGGGAGAUCUGUAUCGCCAUUGCUGAAGAAAUCUUACGGAAGAGAGUUGAAAGGUCACUUCAUGCCAGACUGUACUUCCUACAACAGAGUGGACCAAACUCAUUCGUGAUUGGUGGAGAUUCACCCAAUCACAAAUACAAGGUCGUCAUUGGACCGCAGAAUUGUAACUGUGGAAAGGGUCCAUUUUGUCUGCAUGUAUUAUUUGUGAUGCUUCGUGUGUUCCAAGUAAAAGAAGGAGAUCCGAUGCUAUGGAGUAGAACGCUCAUGAACUAUGAGGUUGAAACAUUAUUCAGAAACUACCAAGCCAGACAGAAGACCCGUCUAAAACGUUCAUCAUCAAAAGCGACCAAUCAGCAACAGAGGAAGUCGUCCAAUGAGGGUUCAGUUGAGAUGACAUCAUCCACCUGCACCGGUUCCUCCGAUAACACAAUGAAUAGCGAUCAGAGCAAUAAAGAAGAGGACCUUUGCCCAAUCUGCCUCUUGGAGAUGAUAGACGGGGAGAGUCUUGUGGUGUGCCAAGAUGGCUGUCGUAAUAGGCUUCACCACCACUGUGUUGCCAUCUGGGGAGCGGAGUGUGAGAGACAGAACGAAGCCCUCAACUGUCCUCUCUGUCGUACAAAGUGGGACAGUCCACAUGAGGAUGGGGGUGAUACACCUCCUAAUGAAUGCAACGGUGUACCCCCUAAUACUAGGCAACCCUCUCCAGCACCCUCACCUAGGCUGAUGAGGCGUGCCAGCAGGCAACAAUCGGAUAACAGUGAGCUGCCUCCAGAGACCAUGCCUUGGAUCGAGGAAUUUUCUGAAGAAAUCAUUCGGCCGUUAUUCUCUCGAGAGUGGAGCCUCCGAGAAACUGGUUUCCAUCACCUGAGGCCGGCCAUGCGUGCCAAGAUGCAGUCACAAGAGGGGGGUGUUGUUUACAGACAGAUUGAUGAAGCGUUGAUCAAAAGCUGCUGUGAGAUACUUGCACUUGGAUGCUCAGAUCCUGUGUACAAGGUGUACGUAGCUUCACUGAAAGGACUGCGGACUCUACUGUCUUGUAUCCAGUGUUUCAAUGAGGACGAGAGACAGAGAUUGAGGCAGCAACUCAAACAAGUCAUUGAACCAAUUCUUUUCAAGUGUGCUGACGGAAACAGACGCACCAGUCAGCUCUCAAUCUCAGCUCUGAUUGAGCUGAGCAAAGGACAAGCGGGUGAGCUUGCCUUGGGUCGAGAAGUCUCAGCAUCAGAUUUGGUUGGUCUUGGUGCAGUGGAGUACGUUGAAGAGUGCAUCUAUGAUUCCUCUUUGUCCUUCGAGCCAGCUUGGCAACCCCAUCUUGGUCGCCUGUGCGUCCUGGAGAAACUCAUGAAAGAAUUUCCAGAGGAGUAUGUCCCUGAUCAGCAUGAGGUGGUUCCAACACACAACUCUCACUGUAAUCGCCUGAUGUGUGUCCUACGCUUCGCCCUGACGGCCAUACCCAACGCCCACAGCCGCAUCUGCAAGCUUGGUAAGAGACUCUUCGUCAACGUCGCGCGGAAUACAGUCCACAUGCCGCAGCUCUACGAAAAGGUCUGCGAUUCAGUGGCAGAGCUUGACAAUGACCUGCAGCAUGGGAUACAGCGGCGACUCACAAACAUUCUGGAUGACUUUGAAGCCUCUAGGAAUGUUGCUGAACGGUUGCAGGAGACGGAUAUGCAUAUCUAUGGGAGAGUUGUCAUGGACCUGGAGGAUGAUAUAGAAAGAAACAGUGAGACUGCUCAAGCUCCAGAGGGCUUACUAACACCACCACCCACCCCACCAUCACAAGGUGCUACCCAAUCCAAACAAUCAGCUUCCAAAAUCCCUGUAUUGGUGCAGGAUAAUCAAGGACAAAUUAGACCACAUGUUGUCAUCAGGUGUAAGGCAAACUCAAGGCAAAAUAGUGUGCAGGCCAUCCAGAGCGAUGGCACACCCCAAAGGGCUACCAACAACCAAACCGAGGACCUCUCCGACCUGUCCCUAUCCAUGUCUCCUUGCUCACCCACCGAUCGGGCCAUCACCUUCAAGAGUGAGGUAGCAACAGCCAACUGGUCGUCACCGACACACGCUCCAAAGGUCCCAAGCUGCAAGGAGCAGAUUGAGAUUGAGGAAGCGGAAGCCAUUGCUGUUGCUUUAGAAACAUCAAUUACCCAGAACCCUCUUCCAGUGGUACCAGGAUUGACACCUGCAAAGGACGAGGAUGUCAUUGUUCACAUACAGAGUGAGGAUGGUGAUACACCAAGAGAGAAGUGCUACGUAGAGAAGGAGCAUUGGGUUAAGGGUGUACUGCUGGGAACCGGUGCAUUCUCAAGCUGCUACCAGUCAAGGGAUAUUAAGACGGGAACAUUAAUGGCAGUCAAACAGGUUUCUUUCAUCAGGAAUAAAAAUUGCGACCAAGAGAAAGUUGUAUCUUCCUUGAUGCGUGAGAUCAAACUCAUGAAGGAGUUGGACCACCCGAACAUUGUCAGACUGCUGGGUGCAACGAGACACAAUGGACACUUCAAUGUCUUUGUGGAGUGGAUGGCAGGUGGUUCAGUGGCCUCCGUUCUGUCUGCUUAUGGUGCUUUUGAAGAGGCGGUGUUGUUGAAAUACACCAAACAGCUUCUUACUGGUGUGGCAUUCCUCCACAGCAAGCAUGUUGUGCACAGAGAUCUGAAAGGUGCCAAUCUGUUACUGGACAGUACGGGUCAGCAUUUACGCGUAGCAGACUUUGGCACCGCUGCCGAGAUGGCAUCAAAGGCAACCGCUGAGGGAGAGUUCAAAGGUCAGCUCAUCGGAACUAUUGCGUUCAUGUCACCAGAGGUAUUAAGAGGUGAAACGUAUGGUCGUUCCUGCGAUGUAUGGAGUAUUGGAUGCUGUAUGGUUGAGAUGUCCACUGCCAAUCCUCCAUGGAAUGCAUCCGCAAUCUCCAAUCAUCUUCAGCUCAUCUUUAAGAUUGCCAGCGCUGAAGGACCCCCUCCCGUACCAGAAGACUUGUCAGCCCCAACCAGAGAUCUGUUACUACGAUGCUUUGAGCACAAGCCUGUAAACCGAGAGAGCUCUGCUGAUCUCCUCAAGCAUGCUGUAUUCACACGGCUCUAAAUGUAUGGAGGCAAGGCUAGCUGCUGAAACAAUGUUAAACUCGUUGCUUGAUGGCCGUGGCCAGGAUUCUAACCCUAACCCAGACAAAAAUCUGUCUGAAGAUGCCUGAAUCUGUCUGAAAUCUGAAGCAUAUUGUAUGCACACGGCUCUGAAUGUAUGGAGGCCAGGCUAGCUGCUUACACAAACUCAUUGCUUGAAGGUCUUAGCCAGGAUUCUAACCCUUAAAUCAACCACCAGGGCCCAAGUUCAUAGAGUAAGCUAAGCGAAACAAAAUGAUGCUAACCAGAAUAAGGUCACCAUCCAAAAAACCAUGUCACAUGUACAAUUAAUGACAGUUAUCCUGUUCAUAAGCAGGUAUUUAAGUAGUGUUUUCUGCUUCAGCAGCUCUUUGAAAUUGGGCAUGGAUAGAAAUGGUAGCAAGAUAAUGCUAGGUGCCUUAAUUUAUUAUGUGUUUUUACAGAUAAACCAUUUUGUAGAUCCCACUUGCCCAAUUAAAGGUAUUUCAGAUUCCAAGAGUUUCACUAAACACUAAAUAAAACCAAACUGAAAAGUUCUUACAAGUUAUCGGUGUCAACAAUACAGAUAGUUCAGAAAAAUCCUUUAACAUUCAGUCAUUUUAAGAAUUGAACUGGCAAGGUUUCUGUAAAUCCUUUAACAUUCAGUCAUUUUAAGAAUUUAACUGGCAAGGUUUCGGUUCAGUUGCAAAAUUCUUUCAGAGCCCAGUUUGUUUCAAGUUCACCAACAAACUCAUUUCUAGUAACUUCUACAUUUGGCUUCAACACUUUGUUUUACAUUGGGAGUUAUCCACCACUUAACAUGUACUCCAAACCAAGCAAUGGUUCUUAUCAAAUGUCUUAAAGUAUGAAAGAGUGAACAGUUUUGUUUUGAAUAAGAUAUGUACAUUUUAUAAUGUAAAUGUUUUAGUUUGAACGAUUGUGUAGUUGUGUAUAUUAUAGGACAGGGUAUGACAGAAUGAUAUGCUGUUUGGCCACACAUUCUUGAUCUGUCAGUGUCACAUGUUAUUGUUUUAUAAAUUUAUGUUCCAUUUUGCGUUUAUGCAAUCAGAUUAUUUUGCUCCAAAUAUAAAUCAUAUAUUAUACAAAUAACCAAAUAGGUGUUUUUAGACAAGAUAAAUAAACAAUUUUAUUUGUGUAUAAUUUUGUGUACAAAUCUCAGACGUAUCCACCACAGGUAGUACUUAACAACUCAUUCAUUUGUAAAUUAACUAUUACUUUCUAGUAUAUGUUUCUUUUAUGUAUCCACUACUUAUGUAUUCACUUUGCAACGUCUACUUAAUAACAAUUGCAACAGUUUUUCUCUAAGUGACAUGUUCAUUUUUGAAACCGUAUUCAUUAACGUUAUCAGUAUGUAUGUGAAUAUAUAUUUGUCUAUUUGACAUUUGCAUUUUUUUACAAAGCUGAUAGAAAUGAAUCCGUCCAAACUUCACCUCUUCAGAUGUUUUUGAAAUAACAAACACACUGUCUGUUGUGAAUACUAAUUGUGUUUGAUGUAAAUAUAAGCAAGUGGUAUCAAAAGCAAGGUACAACAUUGGUAACUCUUUAAAAACAAAAUGGUGGAAUUCACUUGAGGUUUCACAUCAAAAAGUAAACUUUUUAGUUUUAUCUUUUUGGAAGAAUACUUUCUGUUUGCAAUGCACUGCAAUUCCUGAAAAAUCAACUGAAUCCUCAAGGUUUUUAGAAGCUCUGGGGCAAGUUAGGUUUAGGGAGUAAGUGCCAAUGGCAUACCUUGUCUUUAUUUAUCACUGUACAUUUGUACAACAAGUGUGUUUAACAAGUAUGUGCGUAGGGUGACUGAUAUGAAAGUGCCUUGAAUCGGUCAUUAGGAAAGGUUUGUAAAGUUCAGUAAUAUACUUUGAACAGUUGGCUCAAAGACUACAAGUGUCCCCCCCCCCCUCUUAAAGUCAAAAGGUUAUGAAAAAGUGUCUGUUGGGGAAUCAUAACUAUUUUUAUUUUAGAAAACAAAUAAACAUUAUUUGAAUUUUUUUUUCAAAAUGUUGCAAUUUUAAUUGUAAUUUUCUGUAGAGAGGGGUACUUCUUUUGUUAACUUCUUUUUCUUUUUCAAUUUUCUUGAAGUGAAGGUUUUAACUUUAUGAUUUUAAUUAAAUUAUGUUACAUCACAGAUGUGCUACAUGUUGGGACCAUUCACAUAUUUGUUUUUUACACAAAGGAAGUCAUCCACAUGAAAAAAGGACCAAGGAUUGUGAAGAAAACGCAAUAACUUUUAUAAACAAGUGUUUUUACAGCCUGCCUAAAGAUGAAAAGGACCGAGUUAUGUGAAGUGUAUUUUUGUAACGGAAGAAGUUUGUUUUUAAUUUUGGAAACGAGUGAUACAGUAUUCUUAUAAAUGUACAGUAUUGUAAGAUAAUUUUAUUAUAAAGUAUUUCUUCAGUAUUUCUUAUGAAAUAAAGACCUUGAUCCAAUUUGAUAAAAAUUUGUAAAGGAGAAAGUGUUGAAAAAAUGGUCAGGUGACUUUAACGAGCAUGUUUAUGUACUUAACCUCUUGUGUCUGAGGUGGGGCACAAGACAUACAAGGUGACCACCUUAAGACAAGUUUUAAAAGUGUUGACUGAUCCAAACACAAGUCCAGAGGUAGUUUAGAACUGACAAUGCUUAUAUAUGAGGUGUAUUAUGUUUGUGUUAUGUGAACUCAUGUUGUUGUUUGGAUCAAAAGAAGAAAAAAGCUGCAAAGACGACCUCAUUUGGUGAGAUUUCUAUUUCAGGAAAAUGAACCUCAUUUUCUACUUGCAAGUACAGUAUAUCAUUUAAACUUGUAAUAAUACCAAGUUGUAUCAUGAUUGUAUAUAGCCCCAUGUGUACAUAUUUUUUCAUCCAUUUUAUGUAUGGUACAAACAAUAAAUACUGAUUAAUUUUAUCAAAUAA